AUGGCCUCCCUGCAGACCUGGACCAAGAACUUCUUAGGAUGGGUCUUCUUCUGCUGCUGUUGCUUUCUCCCUCUUCUUCUCACCAGCCCUCUGCCUCCAAAAGCGGCAGGGGUGGCUUCUACCACCCAUCAUACCUGCAGGCUCAGGAAGCUCAACUUCCAGCCCUACAUCAGGAAUCGCACCUACACCUUGGCUAAAAUGGCCAGGGUCUCAGACGAGGACACAGAUAACAGGCUUAUUGGGCAGCAGCUCUAUGUUAAUGUCAAGGAAAACAACCGCUGCUACAUGAUGAAGAGGAUUGUGGAGAUUGUAGUGAAAGAUGUCCUCCUCACCGAGGUCAAGGACCAGUACCCGUACGCUUCAGAGGUGGUACAGUUCUUUGCAUCCCUGACCUCGGAGCUGAGCAAAUGUAAAUUCUCAGGACACAGAGAGCACAUUGAAAAGAACCUGGAAGAAAUGAAGACCAAAAUCAAAGAGUUGGGAGACAAUGGAAAGACUAAAGCCAUUGGGGAACUGGAUUUACUGUUUGACUACAUAGAAAAUGCCUGUACUGACAUCCCAAAGAAGGCAGGGAACAAGAAGAAAAACUGA